AUGUCACCCGUUUCUUCCACCGAUGGAAGCGAAUGGUCCGGAGUCGACCGCUACCAGUCGAUGGGCGGCAAGUCCGAUACACCACAGUCUCCCGCUCUCCCGCACGGCCGAAGCGCCCUAGCCUCUCCCCCAAUAUCUGCCUCAGGUGGCCCGCCUUACAGUCCGUUGCAAAUGCAUGCCCCGGACGCUCCUGACCCUGCUCCCAAUGGCAGUAGAAGCAGCACCAAUGGCCUUGCUCCGCGUCGCCCUUCAGACAUGUCCCAGAACCCUUCACCUCCCAGUUCGGUCACGUCCAGGUCGAGAGCGAGCGAUGGAACCCUUUCCGAUCAGAGAAGCAAGAGGUACAAGAUGAUGGAGGACCUGCUGCUGAAGCACUAUACCGUACUGAAACGAUACUUGCAUGGACAAGGACGGGAGGAUCCUACGGCAUUACACCCCAACAAGGCACGCGACAAGCUCCUCAGACUCUCACCGAGUCAGGUUAUGGAUCUAAGUACAGAUGUGUAUGACGAGCUACUCCGUCGCCAGGCAGUCUCGCCCAAUCGACCCGGCGGGCCCCGACCAGAUGUACCCCCUUACCUCCCCCCGCGCCAGGAAUUCCACGAAAAGCGUAACCAAGCCCGCCAGGUCCUCUCCUCGCUCCAACAACCCAGAUUCAGAAACUUGGCUACAGACGUGCUGUGUGAACUGGAACGGCGCUUCCCGCAUUUUGCCGGCAUGGAUCGGAGUCGCAGAGUCAGUCCCGCACCCAGCGUGCGCGGCGGUUACGGCUCGGGACUCACUAGCAACGGCUACGAUCCUCGCCCGGCUUCCAAUGGAUCAUUCGGCUAUGGGCCAAAUGGCUACCCUGCCCCCCCACGAACUCAAUCCAGAGGUCCCAUGCCACAGGCCACCGGUCCUGGCCCCGGGCCUGGUGGAAGAGGCUUGCCACCAAAUCCCCACCAGGGGAGCCGAUUCCCUCCCCGGCAAGGCUCGUUGAGUCACUCUUCCGGUGCCGGCGGCGGUGCACCUGGUGCUGCAGGCUUAGGGAUCAAUGAGGAGACUAUUCCUGAAAACGCGCCGUUUCCGAAAUCAUUCCAGAGUAACACUAUAGUGCCGAAUAAGAGCACUAUGGUGGAGGAAGAGGAGGAAGAGGAGGAUGGUGAUGUUGAUGUUGAUGUUGAUGUUGAUGAAGAGGAGGAUGCGGCAAGUAGGUAUGACGAUGAUAAUGAUCCUGAUCGGCGGAGUGAUGCGUUUGCCUUGGAUAAGGUGUUGCAGAGUCGGAGGACGACUACGACGACGGAUAGUGUGGGUGUGGGUGUGGGUGUGGGUGUGGGUGGAGGUGGGGGCUCGGAAAGCGAUAAGCAGAAAUUGGCAGAGGUGCAGGGGCAGGUGUCUCAGUUGAAGAAACAGAUAGAAGAGUUGGAGAAAUCGAAGGAUGCAGAGCUUGAGACGCUGAAGGCGGAAAUGGCUAAUAAUUCUAAUGCUUGGGAUUCGGAGAGACGAGAGUGGGAAAGUAUGAGGGAAGACUGGAAUCGUGCAAAAGAAGAAUGGGAUAAGAUGAAACUAGAUUUGGAAGUGAAGCUUUCGGAGGCGGAGGAUCUCAAUGCUUCCCUGCAGGAUCAGUUGGAGGGCGAGCGGAGAGAGUAUGAAGCCUCAGAACAGGUUCUACAGCAGCAAAUACAACAGGCUUUGGCUGCCGCUGCCGCGGCUACUGAGAAGGCAGGCGCAGGCACAGGCACAGACACAGACAUAGACACAGAUGGCGGAGUAUGGAAAUCACGGGCUGAAGAUAUUGAACGGGAGAACCAGGAGCUUAGAGAAGAGCUUCGAAAACAACGAGAAGUGACCGAGCAGGUCCGAAAAGAGGCUUCCAACUUCCUCCAGGAGAUGCGCGCCCUUUCUGAACGGACUCAGGAGCAAUGGGAACGUGAAGAACGCCUCACGCACGACUUUCAACGAAUGGAGGAAGAGGUCAAGAUCUGGAAGAAUCGGUAUGCAAAGACGAAAUCGCAGUUACGACAUCUACGAUCUUCGUCGAGUGGCUUGCCUGGUGGCAUACAAGAUGCCACUACGAUAGCAAAGGACAACGAUCUAAGCCAUCCAAAUGGAUUGGUCAAGGAUGUGCACUUUACGAAAUUCCAGAUGUCGAUUGACGAACUACUUCGCACGGCACGGAUCUCGGAACCAGCACAGGUUCUCGAACAGAUGAAGGCCGUCGUCUUCGCCGUUCGUUACAUCACCCGGGACAUCGAAAAUGCACAAGGGAGCGGGGCGGAUGAACACACGCAGUCGCGCAGCAGAGCAAAAGCCCGCGUCUCCGCCACUGCCAACAACCUCAUCACAGCCUCGAAGAACUUUGCAAACUCCAACGGGAUGUCGCCCGUCUCCCUACUCGACGCCGCCGCCUCGCAUCUCACCGCUGCCAUCAUCGAGCUCGUCCGCACCGUCAAAGUCCGACCCACACCUGCAGACGAACUUGGUGAAGACGAUUACGAUGAUGAUAACUUGGGAUCCAUGCAGUCGCCAGCGUACUUCAGCGUCCCGCCCAGUCUGAGCCGGAUGAGCGGGAAUGACUCCGUCUACAGCGCCAUCAGCUCGCCGCAUUCGACACGCUCACCUGGCCGGACGAGUUCACGUCUACCGCCGUCUCACCGCAAGACGUAUUCCAGCGGGCAGCUACUUGCAGGCGGGGGUCUGAGGCCUGGCCUUGGGAUUAGUGAGUUAGAUGGGGAGUUGGAGGAGCUUAGGUUAUACCUCGAAGACCAAACCGAAGGCGUCGUCCAGUCCAUCCAAGCCCUCGUCUCCUCCAUCCGCGCCGAGCCAGACGACAUGUUCGCCAUCCGAACGCAUAUUGACGCCAUCUCCGCCGUCGUCAGCAAAGUCAUCGACGCCACGGAAUCUGCCAUAACGCGCCAAGAACAACAGCAACAGCAGCACCAAGACCAUCACCAGAGCAACAAUAAUAAUGAUAACCAUAGUAAUACUGACCUUAAUGUUAAUAAUAAUACCAUCCUCCGCGACCGCGCCGGGCCCAUCAUCCGCAUCCUCUCCGAGUGCCGCGAUAGGCUCGCCGAGGCUGGCGCAGAGGGUAACCAGGCCCUGAGUGUUAGUGAGAUGCGGGAGGUUACGGGGAAGUUGCCGCCCAUUGCGUUUCAGAUUGCGCGGGAGACAAAGGAGUUGGUGCAGCGGCUUGAUCAGAUGGAGAUGGUGGGGAGUGGGAAUCAUGGUGGAGGAGGGGGUGGAGAAGGAAUGGGGGGAGGUCCGAUCGGGGGGUGGAGGGGUGCAGAGGAUCAUGACGAUGAUGAUGAUGAUGAUGAUGAUGAUGAUUUCCGAUGAUGAUUUGAGGGAAAAGAAAAAUAUCAAAACCUUCAACAACCUUCAUCGAAAGGUGUGGGAAAAGGAAAAGGAAUAAAAUGCCUUUUUUUUUUUUUUUUUUUUUUUUUUUUCCUUGUUCUUUUUUUUUCUUCAUACGCGAAGCCUCCCCUUCUCUCGGACGUCUGCAUAUUCCCCUUCCCUGGGCUUUCGUUUUAAUGGACUAGACUGCAUGUACUGUACCUCUGCGUGAUGAUACGGGUUGUUCUUUUUUUUUUUUUUUUUUUU